GCAAUCAAAACAACUCUCUUUCAGUGCCUCUCCCAUAAAAAAAAAAAAAAAAAAAACCUAACCGGCAGGACACAAAACCAGACCAGCAACCAGACCAUCUUCUCGGUUCACCCGAAAUUCCGAUGAUCAGCUAGUCGAGGUAACAACCCAACAAGAAUCUUCCCUCAAAACUUCACCACCAGAUAGAUCACCUGUGAAAACCCAGAGAACCAGUUGGGUCAAAACAAUCGGUCCGACCAGAAUUCACCAUAGUUUUUUUCUGUUACAGAACAAAGAAUUGAGGUCCAGCUGACAGUUUUGUACAACUAGGAAAAGGCAACAUUAAUGUUGUUCAGGUUUGAUCAGUUACUUUUGUUUCAGUUGAAGAAGAAAAGUUGAUGGUAAAGCUGUUUAGUGAUUUAUAAAGGGUUAGUUUGGAAAAUGGAGGAGUUUUUGGUACCAUCACCAAAAGACCUGGCAUGGAAACAUUGUCAAAUGUUUAAGGAAGGGGAAAAGACACGCAUGAAAUGUAUAUAUUGUGGUGAAAUAUUUGAGGGUGGUGGGAUUCAUAGGUUUAAGGAGCAUCUUGCCGGUCCCAAAGGUGGUGGGCCUAUGUGCCAAAGUGUUCCAUCUGAUGUUCGGCUAUUAAUGCAGCAAGAUCUUGAUGUGAUUACCGCAAAGCAAAACAGCCAGCAACUGAAGAUUCAGGAAGAAGAAAGUGAUGUUAAUUUGCCUCUUAGUGAUGUAGGCAUGUUUUCAAAUCCCUUCAGUAAUUUUGAAUCAGCUCCGGGAAUGCGAAGGAAAAAAGAUGUGGGAUGGAAACAUUGUGAAAUGUUGAAAAACGAGAAACGGGUGCAGAUAAAGUGUAAUUAUUGUGCCAAAUUGUUUAAGGGUGGUGGCAUUCAUAGAUUUAAGGAGCAUCUUGCUGGUAGAAAUAGUGGUGGGGUGCCUAGUUGUACACGAGUUCCAUCCGAUGUUCGGGACUUGAUGGAACAACAUUUAAGUCCAAUUGUAGUGAGGCAAAGAAAGAAACGAAAGUCAAAACGAGAAAAAUUAGACGACGUUGAUUCACCUCCUGGUGGUGAAGAUGUAUACAUAUUUGCUGAUUAUAGUGAUGACAUGAUCACCCCACUUCGAGCUGUUGCAGCCUGCAAUUUAGUUGAAGUAAAUUCAGAUUUCUUACUGGAUGGAGAAGGAACGAGUAAUGGAAAUUUGGGCACAAGAAAGAGCGCUAUUGCUGUUGCAGCUUCAGAUGAUGCUGAUGCUUUAAUAGCAUUGGGUUCAGAAACAGCAGAUAAUCCAAUCCAUGCGAUAUGGGGGCGGUUCUUGUAUGAUAUAGGAGCUAGUUUAGAUGCAAUGGACUCAAAUUUUUCCCAACCAUUGAUUGAUACUGUUGCUUAUGGGCGGCCAGGGAUUGCUGCACCCUCACAUCAAGAUCUUCGUGGUCGGAUAUUGAAGAGUCUGGUCGAGGAAGUAAAAAGUGAUAUUGAUCAAUAUAAGACAAGAUGGGUGAAGACUGGCUGUUCUCUAUUGGUUGAAGAAUGCAACUCAGAAAGUGGUGUAACUAUACUAAAUUUUUUGGUGUAUUGCUCCAAAGGAACAGUAUUUUUGAAAUCUGUGGAUGCAUCAAAUCUUAUCCACUCAACAGAUGGUCUGUAUGAAUUGCUUAAACUAAUGGUGGAGGAAGUUGGAGCUGGAAACAUUUUACAAGUAAUUACUAAUGGUGAAGAACAUUAUAUUGCUGCUGGGAAAAAAUUAAUGGAUACUUUCCCUUCCUUGUAUUGGGCUCCCUGUGCAGCUCGUUGCAUUGAUCUGAUACUGGAGGAUAUUGGAAAACUUGAUUGGAUAAAUACAGUUCUUGAACAGGCUAAAUCUGUCACGAGAUUUGUCUACAAUAACAGUGCAGUGUUGAACCUGAUGAGGAAGUUUACUUCUGGUAGUGACAUUGUGCAACAGGGUAUAACACGCUCUGCUACCAACUUCACUGCAUUGAAACGAAUGGCUAAUUUCAAACUUAAUUUGCAAACCAUGGUAACCUCACAGGAGUGGAUGGACUGCCCUUAUUCAAAGCAACCUGGAGGAUUAGCAAUGGUAGAUAUUAUAACUAAUCGGUCAUUUUGGUCUUCAUGCAUCUUGAUCAUCCGUUUAACAAGUCCUCUCCUGCAAGUUUUGGUGAUAGUUAGCAGUGAAAAGAGGGCUGCGAUGGGAUAUGUUUUUUCAGGAAUAUAUAGAGCCAAAGAAACCAUUAAGAAAGAACUUGUGAAGAGAGAGGAUUAUAUGGUCUACUGGAAUAUUAUAGAUCAUAGGUGGGAACAACAAUGGCAAACUCCUCUUCACGCUGCAGGCUUCUUCUUUAACCCCAAGUUCUUUUAUAGCAUUGAAGGAGAUAUGCACAAUAAGAUUUUGUCAAGGAUGUUUGAUUGCAUCGAGAGAUUGGUUCCUGAUACUGAAGUCCAGGAUAAGAUUGUCAAAGAGUUAACCUUGUAUAAAAAUGCAGAAGGACACCUUGGGAAGAAGUUGGCAAUCAGAGCUAGAGGAACUCUGCUUCCUACUGAUUGGUGGUCUAUGUAUGGCGGAUCUUGCCCAAAUUUGGCACGUUUAGCUAUUCGUAUUCUCAGCCAAACCUGCAGUGCAAUUGGGUGUAGCCAUAAUCAUAUUCCCUUUGAGAAGGUGCAUCGCACAAGAAAUUUCCUACAGCGUCAACGACUAACUGAUCUUGUCUUUGUUCAGUACAACCUGCGUCUUAGACAAAUGGUUGAUGGAAACAAAAAGCAGAUUCCUGAGGACCCCAUAUCAUUUGAUGAUGUCAGUCUUGUUGAAGACUGGAUCACACAGAAUGAGCUUUGCCUAGAAGACUCUGGGAGUUCAGAUUGGAUGUCACUAGUUCCACGUUCUGUUAAUACAAUGCCACUGGCACCAUCAACUGAUGAAAGUGAAGACGUCGCUUCUGGGUUUGAUGAUUUUGAGAUCUUUAAUGGAUCGAAGGAUGUUUAAAAUGAGAAAUGGAGAUGAUGAAGUAAACCAUGGAGAGUUCAUAUUGAUGGCUGGUUAUGUUUUCCACCAUAUGCUCACAUUGGAGAAAGGUAUUGUAAUGUUUGAAGCAAUGAAUAGGAACUAGUUUGGGGCUGUGACUCCUAUCAAGUAUGACACUAAUGUUGUGCAAUUUGGACCUUCCUAAAUAUGGCAUAGUUGAAUACUUUAAGCGCUGCAUCUUUUUGGAGUCCAGUAAAAUUUUCUGGUUUGUGCUUCAUCUGCAGAGCGCUGAACAAAAUCCGCACAUGGAGUAACACCAUGGCUUCCUUUUCAUGGGAAUCUUUUGAUCAUUUGCUUUCA